AUGGCGGUGGGCGGCUCGUUAGGAAGACGUGAAACGAGGGACGGCACGCCACUGGUUCUCGAAGAUGACCCCACAACACCCGAAAUUGUGACUGGAAAAAUCCAAGUCAAACCAAAAGAACCAGACACCUCUGAAGACAGUAGUAAAGACGACGAAGACGUGAAAAAGUAUUUGGAAAGUGGCUUAAGUCACAUUGAUGGUCAAUCAGACCACGACAACAAAUACAAAGUCCACGAAGUUAUCUCGGCCACGUCGCAAAUCGUUGUUGGGUUCAUCUAUGGCAUCCAAGCAAAAAUAAUUUUGUCGGACUGUAAAAAAACCUCUGCGACUUUUGUCGUUUUCGAGACGCUUUUUGAUGGUCGCCUAACCAACAUAACGUGUGGUAGCGAAUCAUAUGCGUACAACGAAAAACCAGAACCGAGAACUGCUAGAAACAAAAGACAAGCAGUCGGUGAAGAAUAUGAACCGUCUGGGGAUCACGAUCUGGUCGACGAGUACUUGGAAGACGGUUUGAGUCAAUUGGAUGCUCAGUCGUACCAGCCCCGGGGGGCAACCAAAACUGCUAGGGGGGGGCUCAGCCCCCUCUUGCCCCCCCGUAGCUACGGGGCUGAGUCGUACCAAGACAACAAGUACAAAGUUCACGAAGUACUUUCAGUCACUAAACAAAUCGUCGCCGGACACAUUUACAAGAUCAAAGCGAAAGUCGUACUCACGGAUUGCAAGAAAACACUGACGAGUCAAAGACGCACUUGUGGUGCUUUAAAAGGUGCACAACCGAGAAUCUGCAACUUCAAAAUUUACGAAGCUUUGUGGAUUCCUAACAGUCGUCGCAUCAACUUCAUUUGCGAAGAUGACGAAACGGAUGCUUUGUUGGCGUACUCCAGAAAUACCGAACUCCUCGGGAACGACGACACGAGGGUUCAUUUCGCGCUGUUUAACCAUUUCAUCGCUAAGUACAAUAAGAAAUAUAGUAAGAGAGAGUGCAAGUGUAGGUUUAAAGUUUUCAGCGACAAUCUGUACCACAUAAGGCGGCUAAAUCGGUACGAGCAAGGUACCGCCAUGUACGGCAUAACGCAAUUCACGGAUAUGACGCAGAAGGAGUUUUCCAAGUCGUUGGGUCUACGCAUGGAAUAA